CGCUUGUCCUUGUUAUCACUUCAAGUAUUAAGAUUGAAUUCCAACACCGUAAGUAAUUUCAUAUAAGUAUUCCUCCUUCAUAUGUUUGACACUGACGGGACUUUAACCUGUGAUGAAGAAAACGGAAAAAAGAGAAAACUCGGGAGAAAAAAACUGGCAUCAAUACCACUCGUUAGGUGAGGCCUUUCAUCAAUAUCUCAACACAAUGGAGUAUCACAAGCAUCGCAUAGAACGCUUUUUAUAAGUGAUUUCGUCCACAUACCCACGCAAAAGGAAUACUUAAUCACCACGACAAAUUAGAGUAUCACAAGCUUAAAAGGUCUAAAUGCGAGUUUCACUGUAUACCAACGCCGAAGGAAUGACACCAUUGUACAACAUUAUGCCCUGUUGCAUUUUUACGUAUUUAACCAACUCCAAAAAUAAUACAAGGAUUAAGUUUAAAGAUCAAAACAAUUUCUAACACUCUGGAAAAUACCAACAUGGAGAUAUAUCCAAUCUAAAGGAAAAGUCAUUUCAUUAUUCUAAGUGGAGUAUGAAGAUGUGAUCAAAACUUUGACAGAUUCAUAAGGGAGUGGUAAUUAUAAUAUAACAAACUCUAUAAUCCAAUUCCUAAUAUCUGGAAAAGGAUAAUAUAUCGUCAUUAUUUUAAUACAACGUCCCGGAAACGCUGUGUAUGAUAAUUUAUUUUUCAUUAUCUGGCCUUACACAUUACGUAAUACCGACAGGAGUAUUGACGCUUGGCUCACCCCACAUAUUACGUGAUUUCGACAGGAGUAUUGAUGCUUGGCUCACCCCACAUAUUACGUGAUUUCGACAGGAGUAUUGAUGCUUGGCUCACCCAACACAUUACUUAUUAUCGACAGGAGUAUUGACACUGGGCUCACCCAACAUAUUACUUAUUACCGACAGGAGUAUUGACGCUGGGCUCACCCCACACAUUACCUAUUACCGACAUGAGUAUUGACGCUGGGCUCACCCCACACAUUACAUUUCAUCGACAGGAGUAUUGACGCUGGGUUCACCCCCACACAAUACCUAUUACCGACGGGAGUAUUGACGCUGGGCUCCCCCCACACAUUACUUAUUACCGACAGGAGUAUUGACGCUGGGCUCACCCCACACAUUACCUAUUAUCGACAGGAGUAUUGACGCUGGGCUCACCCCACACAUUACCUAUUAUCGACAGGAUUAUUGACGCUGGGCUCACCCUACACAUUACAUUUAAUCGACAGGAGUAUUGACGCUGGGCUCACCCCACACAUUACCUAUUAUCGACAGGAGUAUUGACGCUGGGCUCACCCCACACCUUGCCUAUUACCGACAGGAGUAUUGACGCUGGGCUCACCCCACACAUUACUUAUUACCGACAGGAGUAUUGACGCUGGGCUCACCCCACACAUUACCUAUUAUCGACAGGAGUAUUGACGCUGGGCUCACUCCACACAUUACCUAUUACCGACAGGAGUAUUGACGCUGGGCUCACCCCACACAUUACUUAUUACCGACAGGAGUAUUGACGCUGGGCUCCCCCCACACAUUACCUAUUAUCGACAGGAGUAUUGACGCUGGGCUCACCCCACACAUUACCUAUUAUCGACAGGAGUAUUGACGCUGGGCUCACCCCACACAUUACUUAUUACCGACAGGAGUAUUGACGCUGGGCUCACCCCACACAUUACCUAUAAUCGACAGGAGUAUUAACACCGGGCUCACCCCGCAUAUUACGUGAUAUCAAUAGGAGUAUUGACACUCGAAAGUCAUUGUGUUUUUGAGUGGUCCUGUUUUGGUGAUAUCUCUGUGGAGCGUUCGUUAUCAACGCUGAACACGAUCUAAAAAGCUGAGCUAUUUCCGGCAGUGUAUAGAUAGUUUUUGCAGAUGUUAAGAUGGACACUAAAAUGAGCAGAGCGGUUUUGUUUAUUAGUUUGUGUCUUGUAGUAAACGGUAAUGAAGACAACUACUCAACAACAGGGGUCACCCAACUACCAGAUCCACCUGAAGUUGAGGUUAUAGGUCAAACUACUACUACUGUCACUAUCAACAUUACUGCUCCACGAUUUGGAACCAUCACAAAAUAUCAAGUCGGUUACGCUUAUUAUUCUGAAUUUGCUGAUGCAAACGAAAAUUCCUCAAGUACCAUCUUCACUACUCCUGAAAAUAUGGUUCCAGGGAGCGCGUACGUAAUAUAUGUGUCGUCAUUAAAUCAGGACGUGAAAAGUGCAUCUGAUACUUCAUUGAUAGCACACACACUUCCCAGUCCUCCGACCAAGGUCAGCGUUUUGAGUCAACAAACAACAAGUCUUAUCCUCAACGUAACCCCUGGGCCUGGUAACCAUGCCUACUUCUGCGCAGAAUACUUUGAUGUACGACAUCCUGUACCUGUGAAAAGGGUAUCUGAUAGUAGUAUUUUAUUGUCACUACCCGGGUUACAGCCGGGAACACUUUACAACACAUCUGUAUUCACCCUGUCCAAUAAUCUCCGGAGCCCCGAAUCAGAAUUUGAUGGAAUGAAACUCACAACAGUACCUUCUCGUCCUCAAAAUGUGACUAUUUCGGGGUGUACAUCUAACACUAUCAAUCUAACUGUGACACCUGGGAUAGGCGGCUAUGACGAGUUCAAAAUCAUAUACUUCAACACACAGGAUCCUGAAAAUGUAGUCCAGAUGAUAUAUAAGACUCCAGAUAUUCUGGUAGGAGGCCUAGAUCCAGGAUCGGAGUACAAUGUGUCAGUUUUCGUAUUAUCAAACGGUAUACAGAGUACCGAAGGUGUCUUUGCUGACAGUCUGGCAGUAACACAUUUGACAGAUAAAGAGUCGACGACAGCAACUCAAGACAUUACUGUAACUAGAACAAUGAUAAACACUACUGCAGGUGAUGAAAGCUUGGACGACAUGUGUACGAUAUCCGGAUAUAUAACGGGACCUAACACAGCGAUGGAAGGAAGUACUGUUAAGUUCUUAGCAAUAUUUUCAGUGGAUAUAAACUGUGAAUCAUGGUCAACCUCGCUUGGAAUACAAUGGUAUUUCGGUGAUGUGGAUAUCACAAAAAAGAAUUCGUCCAGAGUCCAAAUACAGUCCAAUUACUCCCAGCCAGAGAUCCCCUGGUCCUAUUUGACAUUUAACCAUGUAUCGAUCUUAGAUACAAAGCCAUUGCGAGCAUGUUAUUUAGAAAAAUGUUAUGCUAAAUCAGCCUUGCAAAUCCAACUAUUACCGGAAGUAUGGAUUUAUCCCUUAGCAGUUUCCGUAGAGGUCAGAGGUCAAACUGACCUUACAUGUACUGUAACUGAGUACGAAGGUGUUACGCUUGAAUUUAUUUGGUCAUUCAAUGGAAUAACUCAGACAAAUGAAUCAGCAUUACCAGGUUUUCCUGUAACAAACAAUACAAUGUCUGUCCUGCACCUCCGAAACCUAACAAAACAGGACAGUGGAAACUAUACCUGUAUGGCUAUGCUAUAUGAUAACAACAGCACCACAAUCAUGAGUUCGACAAGUUUCCUGUAUGUGUUAAAUAAAGAUGCUGAAACCUGUACAAGCACUACUGAUGAAAGCGGUUUAGUAUGGGCAACGACUCCUGCAGGAAUUCAGCAAACCCAACCAUGCCAAAACGGUUUCACAGGUUCCGCUAUCCGAGUUUGUAAUACAGAUGGGCUUUGGGGGAAAACUAAUUUCAUCAACUGUGUAAGAACACAAAUUGACAACGCUCUUAAACAGGCAAAUGAUAUAAAAGACGGGCUUAUCAAUGCUAAUGCGAUCCCUGGCGUCUUGGACAGUAUUGCUGUAGUUACCUCAACUUCAUUCAGUAAUUCCACCCAGCUAACAUCUGGGGACUUGAGUAAGACCUCUGUUGUCCUCAGCGCAUUGGUUGAUGUAAUCGAUAAAUCUCCGGAUACUCCAAAUGUGACACAGAAUUUUGUUGAUAUCAUCGACAAUAUGCUUUCACCAGUUAACCAGGAAACCUGGACAGAUGUGAACAUUCAGUCCCCCACAACUGAUGCAAGUGAUAUGAUGAAGACAGUAGAGAAGCUUGGAAAUGCUGUAGGGAAAAACAUAUCCAUUGACUCUCCAUUCAUCUUCCAGGGAAACAACAUAGUUGUUCAAAUAAAACGCAUUCGGGACCAUGCUAUACAUUCUACACUAAAUACGUCGACUGGCCAUCCAAAUUUUCAACACAAAGUAGCCUUAGAUCUUGGAACCGGAAACACAGGUGGUAUCACUUUCACGGCGGCGUUGUAUGCUACCAUUGGGAGUAUCCUUCCUAGCAAUAACAAUUUCUCCAGCGGAUAUCCAUCAGAAGUCUUGGGAUUUUCAAUUGUCAACGGUUACUCAUCUCAUCACUAUCUUCCGUCCAAUGUCAGUCUGAAGUUUGAUAUUGAGACAUUACGCUCCAAUAAUAACCUUACUGGAGACGUUAACAUAAGCUGUGUUUACUGGAACUUCAACGAAUCAGUUGGUCCUGUUGGAUGGUCAGACGUUGGAUGCACGUGGUCAACAGAGAAACAGAAAUGUCUCUGCAAUCAUCUAACUAAUUUUGCUGUUUUGAUGAGCCCCAUAGAGAUAACAAAUGAGAUAGAUAUCGUCCGUCUAAGAAUUAUCACCCUAGCAGGAUGUAGCCUGUCCAUCCUCUCCACAGUCGUUACUAUGGUGGUGUAUAUGCUGCUAUGGAGGUACAUAAAGAAUGACCGAAGUGUGUUAGUGAUGAAUAUGUGUGUUGCUGUGACGGCCGGUUAUGUUUUAUUUCUGGCUGGACUUGACCAGACGGAUGACAAUGUAUUGUGUACAGUCAUCGCCGCUUUGCUGCAUUUCUUCUUUCUUGCCAUGUUCUGUCUGAUGCUUUCCGACGGUAUACAGCUUCUCAGACGAACAACUGUAGUAAUGAACGUCAAAUCAAGACUAAAAUGGCUUCUCCUGAUUGGCUGGGGUAUACCAGCCAUCGUUGUCGGAAUAACGAUAGGGAUUAAACAUAAUGGUGGAUAUCAUUCUGAGAAAUACUGCUGGCUAACACUUACGGACGGAGUUCUAUAUUCAUUUGUUGGACCCGUAUUGGCAGUAAUUGUGAUCAAUGUUGUUGUAAUGAUCCUAGUCUUGAAGGCAUUGCUGACAUCCCAGUUUAUUAUGACGAAGUCACAGAGGCAAAGAAUUGGGUCUGCUAUAAGAAGUGUCUGUGUUCUACUUCCGGUUCUGGGUAUCACGUGGUUUUUCGGGAUACUGUCCAUCAAUGAUGAUCUCAUUGUGUUCCAGUAUCUCUUCGCUGUCACAAAUUCAUUACAGGGUUUCUUUAUAUUCCUGUUCCAUUGCAUUCUCAGUGUACCGGUUCGUCGCGCGAUGAGGCAGAAAUAUAAGAAGGCUACGUCAACUUCAAGGUCAAAUAAGUCACAGGCGACGACGCGCUCGUCAAGAUACAGUAUAGAUAACGUUAUUGAUGAGCCAUAUAAAAGAGAAAAGGUUAAUAAACUCUCCUCGUCACAGUCAUCGCUACAUUCUACACAGUCAUCGCACCUCCAUCGACAAGUUAAGAAAAAUUCACCUCUCUGACAUCAAAAUAAGCCUCCAAAUAUAUAUCUCGAUGUACCUUCGGUCUUUUUUUUAUAUUAUUUCUAUCUCCACCUGACAUGAUGCUAUUCGUCAAACUGAAAUCUCGAAAAGAUGUGGAGCAUCUAGUUGUUGGCGAGAUAAACAACGGACAAUGUGGAGUUCUGAUUGUUGCUUUGGGUAGAAGAUAUGUUUGCUAAUACAAUCCAGUAACUACUAACAGACCUUCAACUAUGAAAUGCGAAUAUAACGAAAUAUACAGUGACUAUACAAAUAACAUCAAAGAUUUGACAUUCUGAAGGUAUUAGUGAAUAAAUAUGUAUCUUAUAGUAAAUAAAGCCACAUUCUAUAUUUAAA